CACAUCUUUCGGCAUACAACCUAAUCAGCAUGUUGGAAGGCAACAAAGACACACCCAGUGAGACUGUGGGGACGACAACUAACAAUCACGACACGGAUUCAAUGGCUUCGGUGAUUACGAACAAGGAAUUUGCCUUUCCGAGCAGAGUAAGGGAGAUCAUGGAGAGCCAAGGAGCUGGCCAUAUGAUUGAGAUUACCGAAGCACGAAAGUCAAACGAUUUACACACACACCAGAUACAAGGAUACGUAGUAUACUUUAUCAAAUUUGGCCCGAUUGCGGUGAAAAGACGUUACAGUGAAUUCGAAACUUUGCGGACUUGCCUUAUCAAGGAAUUCCCGACAAUGAUUAUACCGCCAAUUCCGGAGAAACAGUCAUUGAGGUCAAAUAUUGCGAUCACAACCUCCAACUCCCUUGGCCUGGCAGCAUCUUCUUUAUCCGGUAAUGGGUCUGACCAUCACACUAUUGAGGGUGAAAGCAAUGACGGGCUCGUGAAGAAACACAAUGAAACUGAUCCGAUGACGAAUUUGAUUGAGUACCGUAAAAGAAUGCUAGCAGCAUUUUUGAACAGAUGCUUGAAAAAUGAAAGAAUUUCCAAAUGUAAAUUCUUCUUGCACUUUUUAGAUCCUGAAAUCAACUUUUUGGACUACGUCAAUAACAAAGAUAACGCUUUUCUAUAUAAAACGUCGAUAUACCAAUUAUCUCCUCUGAAGCCCUUAGAGAAUUUAGAAAAUCAGUUGUACAUUACCAUGCCUGUUCCCUCACUGUCAGACUCCCAUCUAUUUAAAGAGCUGUCUGAGGAAGAACAAUUCCAGAAAUUCAUGAGCUUUGAGACCAAAUUUUUGAAAUAUGAGCUUGUCUUGAACAAUAUAUCCAAGAUAAACAAACGAUUGAUAAGACACUUUAAUGAACUAUCAAUUGAGUUGUCAGAGCUAGGGUCGAAUUUCAAUCAACUCUCUUUAAUCCAAAAUUCAAACUAUAUAGAACACAUUGGGAAAUUAUUUGAGCAGCACACUAUUUUGCUGUCAAAUCUAACUAACUUUGUCAAUGUUGGAUUUCUCGACAAGUUAAUUGAGCUCAAACAUUUCAGUGUAACUGCCAAGGAGUUGAUGGAGUUCAACAGGAAGAAAAUAAUACAGUACAAGAUGAUUGAGAAAGAUUUAUACCAUACAAGAUCCCGAUAUAAGCGUUACGAGGCCGAGGAGAUACGGAUACGAAAAAUCGACAUGAAAACAGAAAACGCAUUGACGAAAAACACCCUAAAGGGAGAUAGUCCGGACACAGAGGAGUACUUUGAGCCGCCUAUUACGGAUGAAGAGUUGCAAACCGCCUUAUUUAGCAAGACGUCGAAAAAGACUGUCUAUGGGAAAAUACCUGGGGUUGGAAAGCUCAACAGCAUGAUAUUGAAGUAUGUGAAUGAUCCGAAUCCGGAUGAAACACGACGCACUAAAUUUUACAACUUGAAACUACGUUUGUUCCAACUCGAAAGACAGUACCAAUUAUCACAGAGUGACCUUGUUCAAAUAAAUGAGAGGGUGAUGACAGAAUUGGAGUCAUUUCACCGGUGGUUCAAGAACGAACUAGUUGCAGUCUGUGUGGUUUACAAUACUUUCCUCCGUGAUUACUUUGCCAAGAGCAAGGAGCCAUGGUGUGAGAUACAAAACGAAGGCAAGUAGGCCGCUAAACAUCCUUGUACUUUUUGUAUGCGAGAUUACCCAUAUCUAAAAAAAAAUGCAGCGCCAUUUCUGGUA